AUGUGGCAGAAUGCUGAGGAGUUUGGUGCGCUGCUGCUGUGGGUGGAGCACCGCUACUACGGCCAAUCGGAGCCCUUCGGCCCGGACAGCUGGAAGACUGACCCCACCUUCCUGACUUCCCGCCAGGCCAUGGCUGACUACGCCAACAUACUGCAGUCCCUCAGGGCCGCCUGGGGGGCGGAGGCCAGCCCCGUCGUCGCGUUUGGCGGCUCCUACGGCGGCAUGCUUGCCGCCUGGAUGCGCCGCCACUACCCCCACAUCAUCGCCGGCGCCGUCGCGGCCUCCGCGCCCGUCGGCCAGUUCCCUGGCGUGCCCGGCUUUGACGCCCAGAAAUUCUGGCAGAUUGCUACCAAGAGCGCCACCCCGGAGGCCGGCGCGCCCGCCGACUGCGCCCCCAACGCGCGCGCCGCCUUUGCGUCGAUCCUGGAGCUGGGCGCCUCCGACGAGGGGCGGGGCCGGCUGCAGCAGCUGUUCAGGCUGUGUGACCCCCUGGGCGACCGGCAGGAUGCCAUCGAUCUGGCCUACUGGGCGCAGGGUGCCUUUGAUGCGUAUGCCAUGGGCGCCUACCCCUUUGCAUCCGCAUACAUGGGCGGCACGGACGACCACCCCCUCCCGCCCUGGCCGAUGCGCGCGGCCUGCAGCCACCUCACUCGUAACGAGUCGUGGCUCGCCGGCUACCCCCUGACUCCACACGGCGCGGCCAGGGCGGCGACCGCCGCCGCGGCGCGGCGGCGGCUGCGGGGGCGGCGAAGGGGGGCUGAGGGGGUGGGGCUGGCCCAGGACGAGGGCUGGCUGCUGGAGGGGCUGCGGGAAGCUGCCGGGGUGCUGUACAAUGCCACAGGGGAGAAGCAGUGCUUUGACAUUGCCCUGGAGGGGCCAGCCGCAGGCAAUGCAGGGCCCUGGGACUGGCAGGUGUGCACAGAGUUCAUGGGGCAGGAGCUGCCCUACUUCCCGGCCAACGGAGUGACUGACAUGUUCUGGGACCAGGGGCCACUGGACCUGGACGCCAUCAGAGCCCACUGCCGGCAGGCCUGGGGCGUCGAGCCGGUCACCUCAACGCACGUCACACUGGAUGGCGGCCUCGACUACAGGCGAGCCUCGCGGGACCCUGCCUGGCGUUUGGGGGGCGCAGCCCUGGGCGUUGAUGCUGGUGCUCCGUUUGUCACCAAUAUCGUCUUCACGAACGGCCUUCUCGACCCCUGGUCUGCCUUUGGUGUGUUGACAAGGGAUGAGUCAUACGAUGACAGCAUUGUGGUCAUCAAGAUACCCGACGGCGGCCACCACGUUGACCUGAUGUUCGACCAUGAGGAGGAGUCCCCGGGCAUCAGGGACGCGCGGCAGGCCAUUCUCAAGGAGAUCAGGCGCUGGCUCCAGGUGCCCGUGCCCCAGCUUUCCACGGUGGCUGCUGCGACGGCAGCGCGGCUCCCGGCCGCGAUGCGGGGGCAACUGCAAAGACCUGAUGAAGCUGGCGCCCGGGCAGUGGUGGCGGAGGCUUGA